AUUAUUAGCCAGAAAACCCCCAACCCAAACAGAUAAGGAAGUAGAAAAAAAAAUACAAAGAGAAAUGGCUUCUUGUGCCCAAGCUCUUGCUUCCUUACCGUUUGAUUCCUGCACUCUGCUCUCUUCUUCAACCUCUCGCUGCCCAUUGCUCUCAUCUUCUUUGGGUUUCUUGUUACCCACCACCGCCCACUUAACUGCUGCCCAGCUUACACACUGUUACUUAAACCCUUCACUGACCGAGAAAAUGAAGGGACAAACUCAUAUUUGUAAAGCAGCUGAGUACAAAUUUCCCGACCCAAUUCCUGAAUUUGCUGUUUCUGAGACUCAGAAAUUUAAGACCCAUGUUCAUCAGAGGCUUAUCAAGAAAGAAUUCUGUGGAGAUUCAACUGAUGAAGUUGUCGGAAUUUGCACUGAGAUAUUCAGCACAUUCUUGCACACCGAGUAUGGCGGUCCGGGAACACUCUUGGUCGAACCUUUCAUCGACAUGGCUGACACCAUAAAUGAAAGAGGCUUGCCUGGAGGACCACAAGCCGCACGUAUUGCUGUAAAAUGGGCCCAAGAUCAUGUUGACAUAGAUUGGAAAGAGUGGAAUGGAGGUGAUAAGAAUUGACAAAACAACUCUUAGAUCUUCAAUUCUAUAUAUUAGAUGAUUAAAACGCCAAUUGAAAAAGCUCUGGAGAAGUUUUGAUUCUCUUUGCCCAUGUGCUGCGGAAGCUGCGUCUUGUUUGUUCCAAUGAGGAAAUAGCAGUAAAUUUAGGAUGAUUUCUAGUGUUUUUGAUGGGAUUGUGCACCUGUAGUAUGCAAUGAGAUUGUAAUUUGCCAGUUUAUGUCGCAGGGCUUUGAUAAGACUUCAGAAGCAACUAGAUUCAAGCUGUUCAAUUUUGACAAUAAAAUUUACUAAGAUUAUCUAA